GGGCACUUCCGCUUCCUCUAGGCUUUCUUCUCGUCGGUGUCCAGGGCCGGUCCGGAGCCAGUCCCCGCGGAAGCGGCGGUGGCGGCGUCAUGGCGGAGCUGACGGCUCUGGAGAGUCUCAUCGAGAUGGGCUUCCCCAGGGGACGCGCGGAGAAGGCUCUGGCCCUCACAGGGAACCAGGGCAUCGAGGCUGCGAUGGACUGGUUGAUGGAGCAUGAAGACGACCCAGACGUGGACGAGCCACUAGCGACCCCCCUUGGACAUAUCCUGGGACGGGAACCCACACCCACUGAGCAAGGUGGCCCUGAAAGACCUGGGUCUGUUGUGGGAGAAAGCAAACCCAUUUUGACUGAAGAGGAAAGACAAGAACAGACUAAGAGGAUGUUGGAGCUGGUGGCCCAAAAGCAACGGGAACGUGAAGAAAGAGAGGAGCGGGAGGCACUGGAGCGGGAACGGCAGCGCAGGAGACAAGGGCAAGAGUUGUCAGCUGCCCGACAGCGGCUACAGGAAGAUGAGAUGCGCCGGGCUGCUGAGGAGCGGAGGAGGGAAAAGGCUGAAGAGUUAGCAGCCAGACAAAGAGUCCGAGAAAAGAUCGAAAGGGACAAAGCAGAGAGAGCCAAGAAGUAUGGUGGUCAUGGAGGUUCUCAGCCAUGCCCACCAACAACAGAGCCAGGCCCCGUUCCCUCCUCUCCCAGCAAGGAGCCUCCCACGAAGCGAGAGUAUGACCAGUGUCGCAUACAGGUCAGGCUGCCAGAUGGGAGCUCACUGACCCAGACAUUCCGGGCACGAGAACAGCUGGCAGCUGUGAGGCUCUAUGUGGAACUCCACCGUGGGGAGGAGCUGGGAGGGGGCCAGGACCCUGUGCAGUUGCUUAGUGGCUUCCCCCGGCGGGCCUUCUCAGAGGCUGACAUGGAGCGGCCUCUGCAGGAGCUGGGACUUGUGCCUUCUGCUGUCCUCAUUGUGGCCAAGAAAUGUCCCGGCUGAGAGGCCUUUAUCCCACCAUCCUUCUCUGACCUCUCUUCAUCUUUGAUAAAGCACUGACAUUACCUUCCUAAUAAAUAGACCCUC